AUGGAUCAUUGGUUAAAAACUGGUAGCUUUAGUAAAAGGAAAAUUACAGAAUCAACCGAUCCUCAAGACGUGCCGUCAUCGGUUACUAAUCCAGCCGAAAAAAAUCCUAUGAAAAAAUUACCACAGGUUAGUGAUAAUAAACUUCUUGUUCCACUCCCGGUAAAGAUAAGGAAUUAUAGUGAAGAUUAUUUGCCACAAGGAUUUUCAUUCGUUAUGAUAGAAAAUGUUUCUAGACCUGAAUGUAGUGCUAAUGAAGAUGCUCUUGAAGCAUCUUUUCGAAUUAGUUACCGUAUUGCCAAAAGUGGUAAAAAUCACACCAUCAGUGAAAAUUUGAUUUUGCCAAGCAUUAAAGACGCAGUUUCUUUGAUUGCAAGGUAUUUGAAAGAAGAUGAAAGCGUAGAAGGGCUUUUGCUUUGCCAUCCUCUUACUGAACUCACAACAGGUGCAGAUAUUUUCCAUGCUAUUAACUCGUACUUCAUCAAAAAGAGAAUAAUGUGGUCAAAAUGUUGUGGUUUAAGUACUGAUGGUGGCAAGUCUAUGUCAGGUUGUUACUCUGGUCUCCUUGCACGUGUCAAAGCAGUAUCUCCCCUGGUAAAGUGGACUCAUUGUUGCAUCCAUCGACAAGCUCUCGAAUCAAAACAUUUACCUGUUGAUUUGAAGGACGUUCUGGAUGAUUCUUUUAAAAUAGUGAACUUCAUCAAGUCUCGCCACACGAACUCCAGAAUAUUCUCAGCAUUAUGCAUAGACAUGGGCAGUCUUCACAAAAGCCUCCUUCUUCAUACUGAGGUUAGAUGGUUAUCACGAAGCAAAGUCCUUACUCGUUUGUUUGAACUUAGACAUAAAGUACUAAUGUUUUUUGAAGACCAUCCUUUUCGGCUUUCAUUAAAGUUUAAUGACCGUGAAUGGCUUCAAAAACUUGCAUAUUUAUCCGAUAUUUUUUUGAAAUUAAAUGAUCUAAAUAAUGUGAAAAAGGAGACCACUGGAUAG